AUGGCUGAUCGGUUUGCAGAGCUAAAUGAAGGAGAAAUUGACAUAAUUCUGGAGGCUGCUGUCACCAGAAACACAAAAAAAUCCACCAAAUAUGGCAUGAAAAUAUUUAAUGAUUGGCUUUAUACCUGUCCCACUUAUUCUGGAGGUUAUUAUAUUACUGAAAUGUCUACAGCUGAGUUGAAUUCUUGUUUAAAGUUGUUUUAUACAUCAGCGAGGCAAAUUGACGGCUCGUACUAUAAGAAAUCAUCGAUGAAAAGCAUCCGUGCAGCCAUUGACAGGUUUUUGAAAAAUCCUCCAAACAACAAGCCAUUUUCCAUCAUUGGCGACCCAGCAUUCAAUGAAGCAAAUUCUAUGUUAGAUGCAUUCGUAAAAGACCUCAGGAAAACUGGGAAGAUUGCUGGUGUUGUCCACAAAAAAGCAAUUACGAAAGAUCAAAUCCAGUUGUUGUUUGACAUCGGUGAAUUAGGCCCAGCCGAUAGCGACGAUCCAUCACAAUUGCUUCGCACCGUUUGGUUUUAUCUUGGAAUUUACUUAGGACGUAGAGGACGAGAAAACCAGAGAAAUCUCAAACCCAACAUGCUGAUUUUAAGAGCAACAGCAGACGGCAAGUCGUAUUUGGAGCUCAAUAGAGAAGUUGCUGGUUCAAUUCCUUCGACAAAAAACCACCAAGGAGGCUUAACCGAUGUCGAGGACGAGUCCGAUGGGAAAAUAUUUGCCCAGCCAGAUUCAAAGUUCUGUCCUGUAGCCACAAUUCAGAAUUAUUUGACACACCUGAAUCCCAAUUGUGAUGCCCUUUUCCAGCGACCGAAUAAGAAAAAUGGCAUUAUUUGGUACUGCAAUUCGCCAGUCGGAGAGUCAACUUUAGGAAAAAUGCUUCUCAAUAUGACAUCCCGAGCAGGCAUCAAACCACCGUUAACCAACCACUGCAUACGAGCUACCUCCGUAACUGCCCUUGCCGAAGCUCAUAUCCAAACCCAUUAUAUUAAAUCAGUCACCGGCCAUAAAUCCGAUCAGUCCAUUGAAUCAUACAACAGUCGUCCUUCGAUAAACCAACAAGAAAUAAUGUCGAGCACGCUGGCCAACUACAUUCGACCAGAAACAGCUGCAUCUCAAUCUUCCUCGCAGUCAAAGUGUUUCCACAACGAUUCUAGCCUUCAAUCGCCGGUUCAAUUGAAAUCAGAUGGUGACAAUCAUACAAUAACAUUAAACAAGCAAACAACAAUCAUACCAAGCGGCCCCACGUUCAAUUUCCACAGCUGCAAUGUUCAAAUUUACAACUGA